AUGUUAUCAUUUUCUUUUAAAGCCUCACCUGAAGCACAUUUAACAUCUACAGGAACCACAGGAAGGCUCAACACUAGUUUUGAAGGCGGUUUCAUUUUGGUGGGUUUCUCAGACUGGCCUCAACUGGAACUUGCCCUAUUCAUCUUUAUUUCCAUUUUCUACUCCCUAACUCUCUUUGGCAAUACCACAAUCAUCAUUCUUUCCCGCCUGGAUGUUCGACUGCACACACCAAUGUACUUCUUCCUUGGUCAUCUCUCCUUCCUGGACCUCUGCUACACCACCAGCACUGUGCCACAGCUUCUCAUCAACCUUCAUGGAUCUGACCGGACCAUCACCUAUGGAGGGUGCGUGGCCCAGUUCUUUAUCUACCUUGCUCUGGGCUCCACUGAGUGCCUCCUGCUGGUAGUGAUGGCUUUUGACCGUUAUGCUGCUGUCUGCCGACCACUGCACUAUAUGACUAUUAUGCACCCACGCCUCUGCCAGACACUGGCUGCCAUCUCCUGGAUAGGAGGCUUUGUGAACUCUGUAAUUCAGACAGGUCUCACGAUGGCCAUGCCCCUCUGUGGCAGCCAUCGCCUGAACCACUUCUUCUGUGAAAUGCUUGUGGUCCUGAAGCUGGCUUGUGAGGACACUCAGGGGACAGAGGUGAAGAUGUUUGUAGCCCGAGUUAUCAUCUUGGUGGUUCCUGCAGCACUCAUUCUAGGCUCUUAUGUACGCAUUGUUCAGGCAGUGCUAAAGGUUAACUCAAUUGCUGGACGCAGAAAGGCUUUUGGGACUUGUGGAUCCCACCUCCUAGUAGUUUCCCUGUUUUAUGGCACGGCCAUCUACACAUACCUCCAACCCACACAUAUUUAUUCUCAAAGUAAGGGAAAAUUCGUUGCUCUUUUUUAUACUGUAGUUACCCCUAUGCUCAAUCCUUUGAUAUAUACUUUAAGGAAUAAAGAUGUAAAAGGGGCUGUGAGGAAGCUACUAUGGAAAGGCAGAGACUUGAGCUAA